GUUCGUCUUGUGAAAGUUGGUUCGAAUGAAUUCAAUGAAAUAGCAGAUGAAAGUUUUGAAGUUUUUCUGAAAUAUCAAACGAUCAUUCAUAAUGACACGGACCGCAGCAGACGAAGCUACGAGAAUUUCUUGUCCGUUCAACUAGGAUCUUAUCAUCAGCUUUACAUACUUGAUGGUCAUAUAAUAGCCGUGGGUGUCCUGGACAUUUUACCGCGAUGUAUGUCAGCCAAAUAUUUUUAUUACGAUCCCGAUUAUACUUUUUUGUCAAUGGGAACUUAUGCUGCGUUGAGCGGAAAUCAUUUGCUAGCAGUGAUCAUUAAUGUAUUUGGUUGUCACAGGGAGAUAGCUUUCACACGUCAGUUGGCCAAAGAACGACCGGAAUUGCAUUACUAUUAUAUGGGUUACUAUAUAGAGUCGUGUCCGAAGAUGCGCUAUAAAGGGAAAUUCCGACCCUCUGAGCUGUUAUGCGAUCGAAGCUUCACUUGGGUACCGCUGGACGAAUGUGUGAAGCAGAUGAAAGUCAAGGGUGAACACGUUGAGGCGUUUGCACCGCAUAAACCUCCGGCUGAGCAAAUAGACGUUGGAUCAGUUCGUUGUCUCUAUCAAAAGUGUUCAAUGCCGUACUCUGUAUUUUUGUUACAUGGAAAUCCCACUGGAACGGAGGAUUUCAUGAAAGAAUACGCUCAAACGGUAGGUCCGAUUGCCAAAGAGAUACUCCUCUAUCGUGAUUGA